AACCACGACGAAGUUUCGCGGGAAAUUUUGCAAAGGCCUUUGGGUAAUCUGGUUAUAGUACGCAUGCGUAGUUAGUAACAUCCGGGGCCUUGCAGAGUUCACUCCUAGAAAUCCAACAUGGCGGCCGAGGGAGGAGGAAAAGAGAACGAACUCAAGACACAAUUUACCACCAGAGAGGGCACUUACAAGCUGCUCUCCCUCUCAGAAUACUCCCGGCCGAAUAGGGUACCAUACAACGCACAGGGCUGCCAUCCCGUCAGGGUGUCUUUCAUCAAUGUGAGCGGGGAAAAGGACGGCUCGGGCGACCGGAUCUGCUUCAACGUAGGCCGCGAGCUCUACUUCUACCCGUAUAAAGGUGUCCGCAAGGCAGCUGAUUUGACCAAACCAGUAGACAAACGUGUCUACAAGGGAACGUUACCGACGUGCCAUGAUUUUAACCAGCUGACCUGCACCAGCGACAGCGUCAGCUUGUUAGUAGGAUUUUCAGCGGGACAAGUGCAACUCAUCGACCCUAUCAAGAAGGAAACUAGCAAGCUUUUCAAUGAAGAAAGACUAAUAGACAAGAGCAGGGUAACGUGUAUAAAGUGGGUUCCUGGGACAGAAAACAUGUUCCUGGUGUCCCACGCCAGCGGUCAGAUGUACAUGUACAAUGAGGAGCACCCCUGUGGCACCACUGCACCCCACUACCAGCUGCUCAAGCAGGGGGAGGGUUUCUCCGUCUGGACGUGCAAGUCCAAGUCCACGCGGAACCCCAUCUUCAGAUGGGUCAUCGGCGACGGCGCGCUGAACGAGUUCUCGUUCUCCCCGGACAAUAAGCACAUCGCCUGCGUCAGCCAGGACGGUUUCCUUAGGGUUAUAGAUUUUGACCAAAUGGAGUUAAAGGGGAUGAUGAAGAGUUAUUUUGGAGGACUGCUGUGUAUAUGUUGGAGCCCUGAUGGUAAGCUUGUGGCAGUAGGCGGUGAGGAUGACCUAGUGACUGUCUGGUCUUUUGCAGAGAAAAGAGUAGUGGCCCGGGGGCAUGGACACAAAUCCUGGGUAAGUGUGGUCGCGUUCGACCCCUUCACCACCAUGGUGGUGGAGGGCGAGGCGGGGGACUUCAGUGGGAGCGACGACGAAGGCGACGACUCUCAAACAAGUAGAAACAACCCGGGAUCUAAUCCCGGGUCCAACCCCGGCUCUAUGAGGGAGCGUGCGAACAGUAGUCACUCCCGGGCGUCCAUCUGCAAUGCGGAUACCAGCAAUGUGACGACGUACCGGUUUGGGUCGGUCGGCCAGGACACCCAGCUCUGCAUAUGGGAUUUGACGGAGGAUGUCUUGUACCCGCAGCAGCCUUUGACAAGAGCACGGACUCAUACGAACCUAACAAACUCUCUCCCGCUGCCCUCGGGCAGUGCCACCAUGCCCAGGUGCAACAGCCUCCCUCACAAUGCAGUCCACUCCACAGGGUCCGCCCCUAACGCCAAGGAGAAGAGCUUGACAGACGGCUCCAUAGCCUCCGGAAUCACCAGCAAGUUCGCGACAUUGACUCUCGGGGACAGGAGAGACAAACACGAGAAGCACGAACACAAGAGGAAUUACAGUCUGUCUAGUAAGAGCAGCGACAAGUUGAACUCGAUAAGCAAAGGUCACAAUGCUCACUCCAAAAUGUUGGAAGACUAUGCCAGGCUUGGCACCCCCUGCUGUCCUAAACUGGACGAGGUGCCUCUAUUAGAACCUUUGGUGUGUAAGAAGAUAGCACAGGAGAGACUUACAGCCCUAGUGUUUAGGGAAGACUGCAUAGUAACGGGAUGUCAAGAGGGGUUCGUCUGCACAUGGGCCAGGCCAGGCAAAGUGGUGGGUGUCUGCAAUGUAUGACAGUUUUCUACCUAUUACAUGGUCUGAGUCAGACCUCUUCCACACACUCCACGGGCGGGACGGUGGUAUAGUCCCCGUGUAGUCGGGCGGGGCAUCACCGGGAGGGGCCCGCAUCACCUGGAGGCAGCACAAGCCAACACACCUGUACAUGUACCUGUAGACAGUGCCCAGUUUUCUGUACACUCCUUGUAACAAGCAUGUGGUUCCCUUAUGACCCAUGUGUUCUGUCUGUGAGUAGACAAUUAAUAUGUUAGGACUGGCACCAAGAUAAGAUUUAAGAAUCACGAGCAAUGGCUAACUGAUUAAAUAUAGCAUCUAGCUGAUUACUUCUGUUGUAGUCUUAGGAUCAUCUUAAGGUAUUCUUCCUGGAACCACAGCCUUCCUUGUCCUACCUUGAAGAACGCAUAUUUUAUACAAUACUAAAAACAACUUCUUCAAACUUGAAACUGCUACAAGCAUGCAAGGGUAAAAGAAUAGCGUACAUUGAGUCUGUUAUAUUCGGACAAGGUAACUCUGGGUAACUGCACUACAACAGCCCACCCCCAAUCGAGAAACAAAGCUGGAAUGACAUCGAGUUCUACUUGGUUAUGGAAUGCACUGUAUACUUCAUUUGUAGUGCCUGGCCAUAUAUUUUCAUAUACUAACUCUUGACACUAUUUGAAAGGAAUUGAAAUUAAUCUUAGAAGGCAUUACAAUAGAAGAGAACUCUAAAUUCAGACCUCAUACCUGAAAGAUUGAACAACUCUCGGCUUAAGUAAAGGCAGUAAAUGUUUUUCCUGAAAAUGAAAUACAUGUAGACGUACAAGACACUUGCAAUAAGGCACAUUGGCAAUAACGUUUCCACCCUUUCGCAAUGUACAUUGCCCAUUAAUUCCAAGUGUGGGUUCUCAAGUUUAAGGUUCUUUGUGUAAAAUGUUCAGGGCAAAAGAAAAUGAAUAUCCGCAAUUCAUGAAAAUGACAGAAUUUGUCAGUACCCCCGUAUGAUAUGAUCAUCAAACAAAGAUGCAUUUGAAAUAGUCCCUCACACAAAAUGGCUUGGCUGCUUACCCAAAUCCAGCAGUGUGUUUGAAACGAUGCAUUCCUUUACUAUGACAUAUAUCCCGAUAUGCCUCUUUCCAUUUUAGCAUUUGUUGUCUUUACUAUAUGGGGAUCGAAACUAAGAAAAUUCAUUCUGAGUGACAAGGACCAUUACAUACUAGUAGUAGCAUGUCUCCUAUUCCAUCACUAAGUUUCUUACUGUUAAAUUAAAGGUAACCUGCUUUGCACAAAUAUUUAUUCUGAACUGUAACUAAGAAAAGCUGUGUGCUUCAAGUGUAAAUGCAAAAAAUUGGUGCUUUUUAGUGACUGUAACAUGUGCUAAUUUUAUGGUAAAUUAUAAGGUUCCUAAUAAUUAUCUUGAACUUGAACCUGAGAGCCACCUUUGCCUUUGCAUGAGAUGUAAUUAAUUCCUGUGGUAUUUGUUUGUAUUUAAAGAAAAUGUACAAAGGAUUUCCAUAUGAAGAAAUGAUGACUAUGAAUUGAAUGUUAAAGAGAAAGGUUAAGAGCCUUAUAAAGUGAAAAUUAGUUAAAUCAAUCAAAAACAAGGUCUGUCCUUUCAAAAUAAUUGGGCCUAAAAGAUAUUAUAUUCAACCCAUAAGUUUCAAACAGGUUUUGAGAUUAUCCAAAUAUAAAAUAGAAGCAUCCCUAGAAGCUUCUGAAUUGUUACUCAUGGUCCCCAUCUAGUAUCCUCCACCCACCAACUUAACACUGAAGUUGUUUCACAGUUCUGGUCCUCAGAUUCAACACUCUGUACAAGCAGUAACCUAACUUUGUUUCCCUUUCAUUUGAAAAAUGGGAAAGAAAGCCAUAAAGUACCAUGUGCUCACCGCAGUAAGUACACGUAUCAAGAAAACAUUUAAAGAGGCCUUUUUGUUGUGAUUAGAAAUUACAAGUGAAUAGUGCUGACCCAACUUGAAGUUGAUCUUGUAGCAACAGUGCACUAAGUAAGGACCUAAUUGCAUCUGUUUGACAAAUCAAAAGUAAUGAAGUAAUGUUGGAGAUGACCUUACUAAGUAACGAAAUGUCUCUGCAGGUGUCACCAACUGAUAGAAAAGUGGUCUCAGUUUCAAUAAGUAAUCAUACAAGCAAUCAAGUCUUUUUAAACAAAUUAAGGACAAUGGAUAAUUUAAGGCUAUGUUUCAGUACAUUAGAUCAGUGCGUCUGACCAAAGACAUGUCAAAAUAUCAGGCUAACUCUAUCGCCAUCACCGAAUGGAAUUGUGGAGGUAAUUUGUCGGUAGAACUGUGAUUGUAAGUUUUAUACCAUGAAAAGAAUUGUGAAGAAUGGAAUAUUGUAAGUGAUUGUAAUGUUCAAGUCUUGGGAGAGUCAUUUCAAUCUUCAUGAUGCUUAAAGCUGACACUUGUAAUUUAUCAAUAACAGUACAGCCCUAUUUAUCAUUUGAAAACCUAAUAUUAACCACUUUAAAUUAAGGAAAUGUCUUAAUUUAUCAUAUGCAAAUGAUGGAACAGGCAGAUAAAUGUUAACAUUGCACACCAACAGUCUCUCUUUUUAUUUAACCUUGUUAAAGGAAGGGAUAAGAAGAAUGUUUUAAAUGCCAGUCAUCAACAGUUGAUGUUUAAUUUUUCAGCUUUCUGUUCUGAUUCCUCCUACAAUAUUGUUAAAUGCUGUAGUUUUCUUUUCCAAGGGUGUGUUAAAAAGUAAGGUAUAGCUGUCUCCAGCGUGUAUAAUGGUCUGAAAAAGCAAAGUCCUCUCCAUAGUUUUACGAGUCUUAACGCUCUUGAUAGUAGAAAAGACAGAGCUAUCGUUAUGACCUUUACUUUUACAAGUGAACUACCCAUUCCACAUGCUCUGAGCAGUGUACAGUCUUUUAUUAAGUACAGUAUUUUAUAACGAGCACUCUUGCCUAGUAGACACUUGUUUGAGAAUGAUUUGAUGUGCUAACAAUAGAAAGAUGUAAAGCCACAUUGCAGGAAACUUGGAAAGUAAUGUUGGAACUAGAAAAAGAAAGCUUUCUCCUAAGAUAUCCUCCUUUCAUGAGGAAUAUUGCUGUCAAAUGUCACACUUUUACCGGAUAGAACUAAGAACUGAAGUCACCACAGGCAUUUUGACUGCUUUGCUAGCAUCUGGGUUUCUAAAGAAGAAAUACUUCAGGCAUUCUUGUGACUGGAGUUUAGUGUGUGUAGGGAAAACCAAUGAAGGUUUUGCACACUAUAAAUAAGACAUUGAUGUAGGGAGGGGCACCUUAUAUUGUACAGAAGCUGCAAAAAAUUUUAUCGGCCUGGUCCAAGCCCUUUAUAAUCCAAAAGAUGGAAAGCACUAACCCCUCCAGGGCCCGUGUAUUUAUGUACAGUGUACAUAAUACUUCAUAGAUAAAAAAAAAAAUACAUGGCUAGGUAGAGCUGCCUGUAUGUACCUGAGAGUCGUUUGUAUAAUCUGCUGCAAAAAAUCACUACACCUGUGAAUAAAGUAUUCUAUGAUAAAUCUA